GCUUGUUUUGAUUUGAUUGUGUACUUUUUUAUAAAAAAAUACGAUAGUCUAUCAAUAUUUAUUAUGACCGGUAGAUUAAUGCACAAUAUUAAUUAAGCUUCAUAAAUUAUAAAUGAAUGAGACAAUGUAACAGCCUAUGUUCUGGAGUUGGUCAAUUUAUUAUUUAUCUACCAAAAUUAUGAUGGAUGAUGAAUUUGACAAAAUAAUUUAAACUGAAUGAAUUUUAGGAGUACAUAAUUUAUUAUCUACACUUAUUUUAUUAAAAAGUAUGUCAUCAAAUAUGUCUGAUAUAACUGAAGAUGAUGACCAUGAGGAGAGCCCUGUUCGAGAAGGCCGAGCUUCUAGGCCAACACUAGCCCAGCUGUUGGAAAUAAUAUCAUUUAUGGAAGAGCAUCCAGACUUGGCUUCUAGGAGGAAAAAUGUAGGUCUCAAGAGUCAAACCAAAUAUAAGAAGUUGUGGACUAAACUCGCAAAAUUAGCUAACUCUGUUAAUGGCCCUAAAAAAACACGACCUUCUUGGAUCAAGUUUUGGGCAGACAAACGGCGAAGUUUAAUCGUAAAACAAAAACAAAUUGAGCAAGGUAAAAUAAAAAGUCAGCUCAAUCCACUACAACGGAAGAUUUUAGUAUUAUGUGGUUAUAAAUUUGCACCAACUAGGAAAUUUCGCAGCAAUGUUGGAACAGUUCUUGGUAAUAGUGCGAAUGCAUUAGAUGACGCCUCAAAAGACGGGGACUGUGGACCUAAUUUGACGGCAGCAGAACAACGACAAAUCAAAAUGAUUGACCAAUUGAUUGAUGUGAUGGAUGAACAAACAGCUGCCAUGACACAACUGUCAGAAGCUACUCUCAUCAGCUCAAAAGCCUUGGAACAAAUAGCAGACGCAUCACAUGAACAGGCCCUUGCAGUGGACAGGGUGGCCGGAACUUUUGAAAGCAUUAACGUAUCGGUGAACGAUAUCAGGAAUGCUCUACUAGGAAUAGAUUAUACCAUGAAGCGGUGCUACCCUGCUACACAACAAAGACAAAAUAAUAUAUUCAGUUAAAAAUACUUCCACACAAAUGGUUCAACCAACCACC